UCUGUGUGCCAGGCUAUAUUUGGUGUCCUUGUUCUGCUUGUUUGGGACUCCAUGGAAUGCUCUGGUGAUGACAGGUGCUGCAGGCAGGCGCUAGGUGAAAAUAAGCAGUUAAAACCCCGCUGUUGAGCUUGAUACUGUGUCACGUCACUGAUUUGACACAGACCUGUGCUAGCAUGUAGUGCUUGCUGUAAUCGGCCCCGUUACGGUCUUGUAUGGUAGGGCUGAUGGAUAUAUGCCUUGUUUGAAUUUCAAAAACCUUGCCUUGGGAACAUCUGAUAGUUUAUGAUGUCCCUCCAUCUGUUGUAAAAGAGGCUGAACCAACUCAUCCUUCUGAAAGAGCAGAGCUACCAAAGGAAAGAGCAGGAUCUGUGCUGUCGUUUGUGGUGCUGCUGGGUUCACCAAUGAAUUGUAUGUUAGACUCAUGGACACGUGUGUUUUGAAAAGCUUGCUUUUCUGAAGCCAUUCCAACAUUGAGACCACGGAGAAGAUGGAUCCGGGGAGCACGUUAGUCAUUCUGGAGGUUGUGGUACUUCAGCUAAUCCAUGGAUAGCUCGGAUGUUGCAGGAGGGAUGUUCAAAAGUGUCUUUAACAAAAAAAGAGGAAGGGAAGAUGGUGCAGUGAAACACUACUAGUAGUAUAUUAGGAAAGAAUAAGUGCUAAGAGAGCAAAGAAACUCAGAAACAGCAUGUGCUGCCCACCUCAUGCUGCAUGGAAAGAACAAAGAAUUUUAUUCUUGCCUUAUUUUAAUGACUCACUCUACGGAAGGAGGUGGGUAGGUUGCUGUGUUAUUUUCCUCCCGAAAAUCCAUAGCCAACUGGUGUUCAGUUCAUUUACUGACAUUUAAUACAUAAAACAUGGUUUGCUAUAUCCUGCUGGAAACAGUAAAUCAGGUAUUCAUUUGCAAAAAUGAGUCAGAGCAGAUGCAACCCUUGACCUGUAAUUUUUCCCAAUUUUACACGUAUGACAAGUAGCUUCAAAGCUGCUUCUGUACAGUAUCUACAUGUAGUUGGGUUCCUGAGCCUUUUUAAGAAAGUGAAGGAUGCUCUAGCCAGAUGAGCACUGUGGAGGCAAAGGCAAUCCUUUUUUGUAAGAUAACAUAUAUUGAUAUUUCUAAGGCAGAUUUUAGUCCAUUUUAGAAGGGAAAGAAAAUUUUGGAAAGAAAAUUUAAAUAUGGAUGUUGCGUGUGGUUUCCUCCCCUUUCAGGCUGCCUCUGUUGUGCUGCUGAUGGGGGCUUUGCCCCCUCCAGAAGCAGUGGGACUUGGCUUCCAUCUCCUGUCUGGAAGGUGGGCCAGGAGCAUCCUGAGUCAGGAUGAAGCUGGUGGUCUAGGUGGAAGUUUGGGGCUGCUGAUAGGAGAGAGGAUGGAUGUAUACCAGUGGGAGAGUUAAUUUAGGGAGGAUGGAGAGGCUAGAAACAUAUGGAGUGACUCCUUCUCAUGCUGUAGAAAGAGAGAAACCUGCAGGAGAUAAACUCUGCUUUGAAUCUCAAAGAACGAGUGUGAUCAAACCAGUCCUCUCUGUUUCUCUUUCCUGCAGCUGUCUGCAGUGUUGGUGGCUGUCUGCUCGUUUGGUGCCUGCUGUUCUGGCUGGUGCGGUCCUGCCUGCUCUAGGACAGCUGUUACAGCAUCUGGAGUUGGAAACCAUGCAACUCGAAGCCUUUCUGGAGUGGAAGCAACUGGAAGCGGUUUACUGGCAGUGGAUGGUAAUUAAAGAAACCGUGUUGGAUAACAUGGCUGAGGAGGGAAGCAUGCACUCUAUGCAGGACGCUCCUGUGGAGACCAGCAGACUGCAGGAGGGGGCCACGUGCUGCCCCUGGGCUGAAAGCACGACUGCACAAAUCGACAGGUUGUCUGCGGAGAUGACAGCUCUGCAGAGCCAGCUGAACAAGCUGGUAGCACGCCGAAGGUCUGCCUGGUGUCAGAAGGUGAAAGCAAGAGAGGAAGAACUGCAGAAAGAGGACUUCUCUGCCAAACUAGGAAAGAUAGAGGAAUCAGUGGAGCUGAAACUACUAGAUCUUAUGAACCACGGUGCUCCAAACAGAACUAAAAUGCACGGCUCAUGCAGGCUGGUGUUUAGAAGCAAACAUUCUGCCAGCAAAACAGGCUUUGGUGGAUCUGUAUCUGAGGAACCCGUUCCAGCUGUCAGUGCUACAGAGGUGAUCAGAGAACUGCGGAUGAGAGAGGCCAGCCUACAGAGAGAGCUGAAGCAGCUGCGGGAUGAGUGCAAGCAGAGGUUGGAUGGAGUUGCAGAGAGGUUGGAUGGAGUGAUUUGUAUCUCUCCUUGAAGAGAGAAAGCUGGACUCAGAAGAAUAAAAGAGUGGGCUUAUUUGAUCAGAACACACUUGUGCAGUUUGGCAUGGGAAGUGCAAGAUGAGGAACCAAAUGUGAGCUUUGAUAUUUAAGCCUUGGAACAGUAACUUGUUUCUGCUUUGUGACUUGCACUGGGGCCAUAACCUUUGUGGUUCUGCCUGCAGUCUCUUUAUUGCUAACCUUGCCAAUUAAAUUCUGCAGCAGGCCUUAGUGGGAGUGUGCUUACAUCUCCCUUUUAUCUUUUAGAUGUUUAGUUCUUCUGCCAAGCACUGGCUCUUCCAGAAUGCUCAGCUGCUAGACACAGCUUUCUUUGAGGCUGCAGAUUGGAGUACUAAUUGCAUACAACAUUUUCCAGCAACUGGAAGCGUUCAUUAGUCAGAAAAAUCCAGGUACUGGAGAACAUACAAAGCACCAAGGCUCAGAGAGAUUGGGAAAGUGUGCUAUUUUUAAUUCAGCUGGUUUGCAUAUUUGUGGCAGCUAUAAGGCAGCCACUGUAAAGAAAAACAAAUGCCUAAUAAUAAAUAAAGCUGCACGCUGACUUCA